AUGAAGCGCAAAGGUUCCAAAAGGAGUGGCAAAUUGGAGGACGACAAUGUCCAAACCGAAGACGAGCCUCAAGAGAAAAGAGGCAGGAAAAAAUCCAGAGCUUCCGAGCCCCGUCAUUCAGAUGAUGAAAGUCCGAGCCCUAGCACAAGUAAUGGAAGCCCGGACAAAAAAGGUCGCAGAUCAGGAAGACAAUCCUUGCCCAAAAAAACUCAUGAUGAAGAUGAAGCUCAAUCUUCGGAUGAUGAAGUGCUUGCCACCAAAGUGAGUCCAAAUGGCGAUUCUUCAGAGAAGAAGAAAAAGGAAAAAAAAAAAAAAAAAAAUCAAAAGGCAAACCAUCUAAGAAGAAACAAGCCGAAAAAAGUAAGAUCAAAAAGCAAACCAACUAAAGGGAAACAAGCCAAAGAGGCUGAGGAUGAGGAGUCCACUGCAGAAAAGGAUCCUCUCGCCGACGAUGACGAGGAAGGAGGGGACGAUUCAGAGUAUGAGGUCGAGAAAAUAAUCGAUAAAAAAAUCACCAAAGGUGUCACAUCUUAUCUAAUAAGAUGGAAAGGAUACGGACCAGACAGCGACACCUGGGAACCCGAAAAUACUCUCGAUUGUGCCGAAUUGAUCGAGGAGUUCAAAAAGAAACAGAAAUCGAAAUCGAAAAAGGACGAUAAAGCCGGUAAAAAGAAAAAACCCUCCAAAAAAGAUGAUGAACCAGAAGAGUCCUGGGAUAAAAACGAAGCUUUCGAGGUUGAUCGAAUUCUCGAUGUUUACUUUCACAAAAAUGGCAAAAAGGAUUUUUUGGUUUCGUGGAAAGGGUACGGCUCUUCGUCGAAUUCUUGGGAACCUGAAGACAACAUGGACUGCAAGGACUUAAUCGCGAAAUACAUGGAAAAAGUAGAUAAAGCGAGACAAUUUGAGAGCAAGGAAACAAGAUUAAGAGAAAAUCCUAAAAAGGUUGCCAGACUGACUAUUGAAAUGCACAGUUCGGAGAGGAAUUUGAGUAGAAGACACCGAGGACAAGGUGGAAGGAGACACUACUUUGAUGCUGAAUAG